GAAGGAUGUUAGGUUGUCAUGUGGUAACCAACAGAAGGUUAUGAGUAAAAAAAAAAGAAGGAUUAUUUGAUCAUCUGACUUGUUUUGCGUAAAGGGAAGAGAUAUGGAAUGAGUCGGAUAGCACAUACGGUUGUCUUGUGUUGAUUUUAGAGACAUUAUUUUGACAUUUUUAAUAUUUGUGGUGAUCGGCGAAACACCUCGAUUCACGAAUUGGUCGUCCAACUCGCGAUGCUGGACAGAUCGCUGCAUCAUCAUGUUGCUUCCGAGUUAGCGAAACAAAUCACAAGUUACACCAGGGGAAUAGUGAGUCGUCGUCAUUUAUCUACCCGACAAUUGCAACUGUGAACAGAAAAGGAUGGAUACAUCUGUUGAUUUGGCUUGUUGGCACUUCGAUGAUACAUUGUCGCGCCCAGUGAUGUGAAAUAAGAAGAUAAAUAGCUGGUUACAUUGUAUCACUUGUUUAUGCUUGGGGUUGAUGCGAUAUUUCUCAUUUGUUAUUGGGUGGGCGCUAUUGUAAUUAGCCAACCUCUUCAUUAUGCGUAUUUGGGAUAAUGAAGAAUCAAAAUGCAUUUUCUUUCAAAUAAACUUUGCCACUGAAAUAUAGUCUAUCCAGACCUACAUUAUAAAAAUCUGGAAUAUAGUAUUUACUUUUUUAUUGGCUCCAUCAUCAUCAAAUAAUAAAUUGGAUUUAUCAAGGAAGUGCACGUUUAGUCUCUGUUGGCUUACCCCGGUUUGUGUAGGAUAUCCUUUGACUCUGGAUGAGACAGCUCUGUUCGGGUUAUGAUCAUGACCCGGGAAUGUAUGGAUGAUCGCCAAAGAAAUGCUGACUUCAUGGAAAUAUGCUGGUGACAUUUCUCCUAUUCAAACCAAUCAGCUACAUAGUUAUUGUGCUGCAGACUGUUAUUGGAUACUUUUUGAUUAUAGUGGCUAAGCCUGCCACAUUGUCUCAGUAAAUGUUUUUAACCACGAUGGAAUGCAACAUAAAUAGAUUCUCCAAAUCGGUUGCCAAUAUGUUCAUUUGAAAGUUUCAUAGGUCUAUUUCAUCCUAUGUUUUCCUGGCCCGUCUUUAAUCUUUUGUUACUGUCCAACUGCUGUCACCGCAUCCACGUGGAGUUGACAACACCUGACACUUGACAACUUUUGAGUCGAGGAAACUUGCAACCGUGACGUACAGACGGCUCCCUCUGCCGUAAUCCCCAGAACGGUGCAAGGGGACAUAGCUUUUGUUUUUGCUUUCGGAUGGCGGAGAGGAAGAGGGAUAGACACAAUAAGGAAAAAGUAGCUUUACAGCAGAUACAAAAAAGAAGUCCGGCUAAAAUGGCCGGCCAAUGCAACUAUAAAACACAAUACGAGAAUGAUGACACAUUUUCUCCAUCCAAAUUACCCGACCGAGUGCGGAGGCUCGCGGGGGAGCCCGACGCCGCCCGUGCUCAGACGGGGCGUAAAUCCUUGGGUUGCUCGCCAAACUUCGAAUUGAUUGACGGACUGCUGUACCGUAAGAAGUUGGAGAGAGGCUUCAUCCAUUACCGGGAGGUGCUUGACGAGGACCGACGGUUCGGGGCAAUCGCCACUUUCCACCGGCGACGGCCAGGCACGCGCCACCACUCCCUGGAGGACACGUACAGAUCUGUGGCCGAGAACUACUGGUGGGAGGGGAUGUAUUUUCAGAUCCGAGACUUUGUCCUGGGAUGUCCAGAGUGCCUUGAGCAGAGGAACAAGAGACUUGAGAAGGGUGUGGGCGAGAGCCGUCUCUCUCAGACAAUGAUGUCACACAGCCGUGACGUGUUGAAUAAGCUGAGGAGCCAGCGGGAGGCUGGACUGUUCUGUGACAUCACUCUGAGGACAGACGGACGCUCUUACUCUGCCCACAAGGCAGUGCUGGUGGCAGUGAGCGAGUACUUCCAGGAAGUAUUCACUGAGAUGGACUCCGCCCCUAGCGCCAGGUCUGACAUCGAUCUCACAGGUUUCAGUGAGUCUAGCCUGGUGUCUCUGCUGGACUUCUCCUACUCCUCUACUCUGUGUGUGUCUGAGGAGGACCUAUCAGAGGUCAGCACUAUGGCCCGUCAUCUGGGCAUGUGGCCUGCCGUGGAGGCCUGCAUGGCCCUCCAGAAGGAGCAGGCAGACCACACCUCCCGCUACCCCAACACGGAGCACUCUGCCCUGGGCUUCCCAUCGCAGUGCCCUGGGUCUCCCAUGGAGCUCCGCCACCACCAGAAUGACAGGAAGAAGGGAUUGGCUGGAGAGGGCAGGGAGAGGGUUUCUGGGGGAAGAGUGGUGAGGGGUUUGGGUGAUGGCUUCAGACUGAUUCUGGAUCAGUCCGAUGAGUCGGGGGAGGGGAGCCCCACCAGACGGUCGCCCCGUCGCCCCCUCAGACCCAGCGCCCACCCUCCAGGGCGGAACGGACUCCCCCUCAGCCCCAUGCACAGGAUGAAGCUCAUGGACUUCAAAUCCCCCUCCUGUAAAAUAACCUCUUCCCCCCGAAAAAAUGUCCCCUCCAACCCCCGCUCCCAAAAUGUCCCCUCUUCCUCCUUGCCCCACACAUGUACCCGUCUCCUCCGCUCCACUCCCGGGGCCGCCAAGGAGGUCCAGAGUAUGCUGCCCAGGACAGAGAGCCCUCCUCAGGGCCGAAAGCCACCCCCAGUCCCCUGUCCUGCCUCCACCUCCUCCAGACAGAGGACUUGCUCUGAGGCCAACAUAGUGAGGGUGGAGGAGGAAGAUGAGAAAGAUAAUUUCAGAGCGCUGGAGAAGUACCGGCUGAUGAGCGUGCUCGGGUUACAGAGGACGUCCCUCCUCCCCAGACCGGAGGAUCUGAUUGGCUGGAGGCAGAAGAAACGGCUCCGGAAGCUGAAAGUCAAUAACUAUUCGCUGACUAAGCGGAGGAAACCCCGCCCCCAGGGGUUGGGGGGGCUGGUGUUUGGGGGGCUGCCCCUGUCCCUCCCUCUCUGCACCCCUGCCAAUGCCCACUUCUUGAACAGGAUCAUAAAGAAGGAGCCUGUGUAUCCAAUCAGCAUGGAGGACAGGAGACUGAAGAGAUCCAGACAGCCCCGUCCUUUUCCACCCAGUGACAGGAGCAUGCGCAGUAAAGUGGCAUUACCGGACCUGCUGCAGCCCGUGUCCAGGCCGGCCUACGGCGGCAGGGAUCUCAGGCAUUCUGUCAGGGGUGAAGAAGUCAGCCAUCCCCCUCCGCACCUCCCGGCCCGCUCUGGGAAUGCCAGAGUUCCAAAUACCAAGAGGAACAUCUCUGCUCUCGGGAUCAAACCGGAACAUGCUGACUACGCCAUCUCAGCCCUGCAACUCCCCUCACAUGGCCAACGCCCAAACACACACAUCCCCCCUUCCAGGGCCCACCCCAGGAACAAGGUUACCAUGGAGACUGUCAGGGUGCUCCGCUACAACAGCGGGCGUCUGUUGGCCAAAGCCAAAGCCAAGCCGGAGCGGAGUGGCAUGAAAGAGGCUGGGAGAGCCCAGCAUAAGCCCAGAGAGAAGAGCAGGAGGACAGGGUGCAACCAGGGAGCAAGGGGGGUAAUGGAGAGAGGGCCUGGAGCUCUGAGCAGAAGGAAAAACAGCAGCAUCCUCAGCCCUGACAAUGUCCCUCCUCCCCUCCAUAGCCAUCCUCUGUACAGGGUCAUCAAGGAGGAACCAGCAGACCCUCUACCCGUGGUGGGGCCUUUCCCCGAGUCGCCCUCCCCAGAGCUGGGUAAGAGGCAGAUCAAGCCCCCUGUCAAGCUUCUAGAUCCAGGCUUCCUCUUCAGCUUCUGCCGGCCGCCGGAGGGCCCAUGGUGGGGGUGAAGAGGGAGGAGGAGAGUGUGGAUAUCUGCCUAACACGAUCUGUCUCGAGGGGGGAGAGGUUAGGUCCCGGACAGGGCCCGGACAGGGUCCUGAGGGCCAGAGGAGGUCCCCCCACUUUGCCCAUGGUGAAGAAGG